UGCUUCUGGACAUAGAUAGCACAAGGGGUGAACUCCUAUUGGGCAGCUAUGUAAUAUUGCGAUAGUGAGCAGCCGAUGUUCGGGUAUAAAGCCGGCUGGAGAGAGUAUGUCCUAUCUGCAGCAGCAGCUGGAUAGGAAGGUGCAUUGAGAGCUCCCAAGUGUCAGAAGCUGAAGCCAGAAGCCAAGGUUUCCUGAAUUGGGGCCAGUAGGAGGAGGCAGAAGAGCACACACUACAGGAGCUUCUCAGUCACUGCUUCUGCUCCAAGAACCAAUCGCAAAGAUCCUGCCACACCCACCAAAAUGAAUGGGAUCAUCAUUUAUGAGCAUAUAAACUUCCAUGGUAAAUCCAAAGAAUUCACUUGUGACAUCGCUGACUUGAAGCCCGUAGGGUGGGACCACUGUGUCUCCUCUGUAAAGGUCACUGGCCAACCCUGGGUGGCCUAUGAGCAUCCUAAUUAUUCAGGCAAGUUCCUGGUGUUUGAGGAAGGUGAAUACAACUUUGUUGGUAAAGAUAUGAAUGACAAGAUCAGUUCUCUCAAGCUGAUUACUGAAAACCUGAAGAAUCCCAAGAUCACCCUGUAUGAACAUGCCAACUAUGAAGGGGAGAUCAAGGUGGUAACAGAAGCAACUAGUCUGAGCAAGGGAUCUUUCAAUGACCGAGUGUCUUCCCAUAAGGUACAGAGCGGUGCCUGGCUAUUGUGUGAACAUGAGGAUGGAAGCGGCUUGAAUUAUGUUGCCCGGAAAGAUGAACAGCUUCUAAACUAUGAAUCGAUCGAUUUCAAUGACAAGCUUUCAUUUUUGCGUCCCCUGAGAGCUGGCUUGUGCUAG